UCUUCUCAGUGUUUGUUAUUAAGCACAGCUAUUUGUGUUGUGUUCUUGGUUGCUGAUUGCUAGCAGUCCAGCGUGUAUGAAUAUGUUAAUGGCUGUUCUUUCUUAUGAAACUGGUAUGAAAUUGAAUGUUAACUUCCUAGUAUUCUCAAAUUGUGCAUUAAAUAAGUGGUCUGCAUGUUGUGACUAUUAAAUUGCCAAUGACAUCACAAACUGUUAGAUUUUUAUAUAUAGAUCUAGUACAUUUCCAACCAGCUUAAAUUUUGCAGUAAGGGCAGUGUUGUAUAGACCUGUAUAUAGAAUCUAACUCAAGCAAGUGUAAAUUCUCACCAGCUCAAAACCAAAGGAAUGCAAUGUCUUCUAUGGUCCAAUGUUUGUAUAGCUACCAGCUACCUCACAGAGCCCCUGUGUAUGUGGAGCAAGUUGUAGAGCAGCCCAUAGAUGUGUCUACCCAUGAUCUGAGUGACCAGUCUGACUCUGACAGUGAGCCUGAGGAGAGUCCUGCAGUUGUUGCUGCUGUUAGCAAUGCAGAGAGAGGGGACAUACUGCAUGUGAAUGAGACUGCAGAACCUCAGUUUGCAAGGGAACUGCUGGUGUUCUAUCUCUUUGGAAAGAUACUACCAAGGCAUGAUCACUUGAGGACUGAAUCACUGAAGAGACGUCUCAGUGAAGUGAAACAACUCUAUUGCAACAUUCCCUCCAUCCUUCAUUUUAACUACUCCACAGUAGCCCUGGACCAGAUCGGUGUAACAGCCAGACAACCAUUGCCCAAAGAUACUGUUCUUGGUCCCUACUCUGGCAAGCAGCUCGUCGCUGAUGAUAUCCUAAACAAAGGCGAACACAAUGAAUAUCUUUGGGAGGUGCACGAUCAGGCUGGUGUGAGCUCGUUUAUAGAUGGGAGUGACCCCAAGUAUGGCAACUGGAUGUCGAUGAUACAGUGUGCACGCUCUAGAGAAGAACAAAACUUGAAACUGACUCAGAAAUUUACUUCAAGAGGAGUACAAUUGUAUUACAUUGCAAUCAAACACAUUGAUUAUGGCCAAGAGUUGCUGGUUUGGUACGACAAUGAGCAAGUUCGGCUCUAUUUUGGCCUACCGAUAGCACUAAAGAACGAGAUUGAUUCCAGUGACAAAAUCGCUACAAAUUUUGACUCUCAUUCAACUCUUAAUGGAGAAGAAACUGAGUCAAACACGGUUGAGUUAACUAUCCAGCAUACUCAAACUGACACUAACGCUGGCAGCACAUGUACAGACGACAGUGGUGUGUUCUCAGGUGAUCAAGAAACGGACUCGGUGGGUAUGCAAACCGUUAAAAUCCCUCGAGACAGCUCCCCUGAGGAGGAACUUGACACCCCCAAACCGCCUCUUCUCAGACCACUCAUGAGCGUAGUCCCAGAUGAUGCUUUAUUCAUUCAAAAGCCACCUACAAUUCCGAUCAGACCCACACCACAGUUAACAACGUACACAUACAUACAGGCUCCAAUUGCACCACCCCAAUAUGGAUACAUAGGUGUAAGAGACAACUCGUACAGCCCUCAGCUGUCUCCAAGGCGACUAAACGCUCAAACAUGGCCGGGAAAGCAAAGGUCCCGUUCUCGUAGUCCAGGCAUUACUAAACCCGGUGAAAACACAGGAGAGAGUAGCAGUGACACAUGGAGGGCUUGUGGCAGUUCAAAGAACCAGCUGCUCUAUGGGAUGUUCACUCGGAGCGAGGAUAGUGGUCGAUGGCGAUGUACAAGAUGCGAGAGACACUUCAACUCACAAGGGAGCUUACGGGCACAUGCUAGGAUCCACACGGGGGAGAGACCAUACAAGUGCAAGUUUUGCUCCCGAACAUUUUGUCAGGCAAGCACUUUGAGGAGCCACGAAAGAUUACACACUGGAGAGAAACCGUACAAGUGUGGGGUAUGCGGACGAGCCUUCACACAAUCAGCUGGUCUCCGCUCCCAUCUCAAAACUCAUGUGGGAGGAGCUAGGUUCGAAUAACUGUCGUGUCUGUUGUUCGUUUUUUUUUUUUAAACAGGUUCAUUUAUCGUUAAUAACACAAUUCACAUGUUACCAUUUAUCAUUCACAAUAACUAUAUCAGCAUUCACGAUUUCUGUUAUUGCCAUGACAUUGUUUCUAAGAUGUGUACAAAACAACA